AUGUCUACAUCACUUGUUGAAUCAAGCGCCUUCUCCCACUGUAAGCCUGCUCAGCCUAACUUCAUCGCAAGGCGUGGCGUUCCACUUCGGAUAUAUUCGGACAACGCCACCAACUUCGUCGGGACAAACAACCUACUCAAGGAGCUACAGAUGGAGUUCUCGAAGCAGCAGGAGAAACUCCAGUUGUUCGCGUCGGAGAUGGGGAUGGAAUGGCACUUCAUCCCUCCUCGAGCCCCACAUUUCGGAGGGCUGUGGGAAGCCGCGGUGAAAUCCGCAAAGCAUCUCCUCGUCCGGCAAAUGGCCAACGCGUCACUGGCGGAAAGCGAGGUCAGAGCUCAUCUGGCAGAUGUCGAGGCCAUUCUCAACUCGCGGCCUCUCACUCCACUCAGCUCCGAUCCCAACGAUGGCGAGGCUCUAACUCCGGGCCAUCUUCUAAUCGGGCAAGCCAUACGUUCGCUGCCGCAAGGAUUCGUGCCAGACAGGCCCAACAAAGAGCUGACGUAUUUGCGACGGUGGCAAAUGUUAUCCACGCUCAGACAGCGGUUUUGGCUCGCGUGGUCGAAGGACUACAUCCACAAACUCCAAAUCCGCACCAAAUGGAAGUCUCCACAGCCCGGCGGAGGUCGGAUGCCUCGUCCUGGUUCACGAGGACAACACGCCACCUCAGCAGUGGAUAACUGGAAGGGUCGCAGGCGUAACCCGAGGAACAGACGGCCAAAUACGGGUGGCCGAAAUUAG